AGUUGUGGUCGGAUAGCGCACGGGCGACGGCUGCGCGCGCGCAACUGAUUUGACGCUUUCUGACGUUUAGAAUUCAUGUCAAAUUGAGUGAUUUUUUUUGUUGCAUUUUUUGGAUUUUUUUCGCUCGUUGAUGAUUUGAUCCGGGAAAAAUGAAAGUUAUAUGUGGACAUAUUAUGUGUAAGUGCUGUGUUUAACCGACUGUGCAAAAGAGAGUGAUCAUGCGCGCCAUCACAUUGAUUGUGCUUUUGGGCACACUUGGAGUUAUUCAAUGUUGCAACUUCUAUCCCGUGGGAGAAUAUUUAAAAUUCGUAAGGAUACCUGAAAAUCUAAAUGUUGGGGAUGAAGUAUUACAAGUUGAAGUACAUCCAAGAAAGAACCUGCUCCUCCAGCCAGUAGACCGGGAGGAAGACGCACACCUGUUCACAUACCGUGACGUGAACCGGACCCACGUGGCCGUGGUGCUCGCGCAGAGCGUGGACCAGCUGGUCGACAGCGACACCCCACAGAACGUGGUCAAGUUCAGACUGGGCUGUGACUUUGAUGAGGGGGAUGAUCUGAUAUCAGCGUACUUGUCAGUGACGGUGUACAUCGAGGACAUCAAUGAUAAUGUGCCCACCUUCAUAGACGCGCCCUACAGGGUCAGCGUGGAUGAGCUUACUCCACCAGGUCUUAUCAUAUACCGGGGUAUCCGUGCGUUCGACCGGGACAAGCCGAACACGCCCAACUCCGAUAUCCAGUACACCAUCGUGUCUGGUGAUGAAGGGAACCGCUUCGCCCUGGAGACCUCCCACAAGCCCGGCCUGCUGCUGAAGAAGCACUUGGACUAUGAUAGUGGCGAUAGGGAGUUCUUGCUCACUAUAACUGCAUCUGACCGCGGAUCCCCCCCCCGCAGCUCCAACACGACGGUCCACAUCAUCGUGUUGGACAAUGAUGACCUGCCUCCCAAGUUCACGCUUGAUGUCUACAGAACUAAAAUACCGGAGUUUUAUCCACUUAUGAACAAGCGAAUCCACCGCGAGCUAUCGUUCCCGCAGCCGAUCCGGGCAUUUGACCAGGACAGUGGGCUGGCUGCUCCAGUUCGGUAUGAGCUGGUCUCCGGGAAUGAUAGGAGGCUGUUCUCACUCAGUCCAUUGAAUGGGAGCCUGUUCCUGGAUAGAGAGAUCGAUCUGGACAAUGAGAGCGGUUUACCCGGGAAUACAUUUAUACUCCAAGUACAAGCUGGCCAAGUGGACAACCCGCUGAAGACCGCACAGGCCAGAGUCGAGCUCGAGAUACUGGACUUGAACGACAAUCUGCCCGAGUUCGAAGUGGACUUCUAUAACAUCAGCAUUGUCGAGAACUUGCCCAAUGGUUUCAGUGUUCUUCAAGUGAUGGCGACGGAUAAGGACCAAGGUGAUAAUGGGGAAUUUACAUAUCAACUGCACGACCCUAACGGAGCAUUUUCUAUAGACCCUAGAACUGGUUGGCUCACUGUCAAAAAUCAAACUGUCUUAGAUCGCGAACAGCAUUCGUCUCUACGAAUGAAAGUGUUCGCUAAAGAAAAGAAUCCCAGCAUUGUGGGCACAUUCCUGGAUAAACAGAGGCUAGCGAAAUGGCGACGGAAUCCCGCUCCAAAACUACCACCAUCAAAAGAAAAAACAACAUACGUGUUUCCCGACAGAAUAGGCACAAAAGCUGAAAACAUUGAAUACAACGAUGAUACCCAUCAGCUAAUGUCAUUCGUUACUGUUGAAGUAACAUUACUAGAUGCAAAUGAUAAUAACCCCAUUUUCAUUCCAAGUAAUUUAUACGAAUUCUCUGUUAAAUCCAACGCGAAGAUAGGAACUGAAAUUGGAACUGUAAACGCAGUGGAUCACGAUUUAGGAAGGAAUGGAAUAGUGUUAUAUGAUUUGCAAAGAACGAGUAAUCUUACAAUAACAUCGCCGUUUCAAGUUGAUGCCAAAACUGGAGUUAUUACGUUGGCAGAGUCGCCUAUUUUAGAGGGAAGACAUGCUUUAUUCAUUGAAGCGUCUGACCAACCGGCCAAUCCCAGUGAACGAAGGUAUUCGUUAGCUGUGGUUACUAUUGACGUCAUAAAUAUAAACAAAGGUUCUAAAACCGAUAAACCAGAUUUUAUUGGAUCUCCGUACGAAUUUUGGGUUGGAUCAAACGUGGGCAUUGGGACAAGCGUCGGGCAAAUAAGAGUCAAUGAAGCCAUGCAGAAGGGAGAACUGUCCUAUGAUUUGUUACACGGAUAUGAAGAAGGAGUACCAUUCGCGGUUGAAGAGCGUUCCGGUGUUAUAACAGUUGUAGAUGAGUUAUCUAAGUUCGAUCGACCCGUUUAUGAGUUUGAAGCCGUGGCAAUACAAGAAAAACACAAUUACACAAUCACAACAAAUGCAACUGUUCAUGUUGUGGACGUUAACGAUGAGAGAGGUGUCUUUUUGAAAGGAACGCAUUCGCCGCUCGUGUUUCACGUUAGGGAGAAUGUCGCUGGAGCUACCAUUGGACAAAUAUUUCCAAGUAAUAUAAGCUCUAUUUCCGUCAAUUAUACCGGAAAAGUUAGAUUCAUUAUUGCCAACCAACAGGAUGUUUCUGAUGAUGUUGCCAUUGGGCAAGAUGGUACAAUUUAUGCACAGAAGCCCUUAGAUAGAGAAAAAAGAGAUACGUAUAGAAUGACCGUAAUAGCAGAGUUUGUCAAAGGAGUUAUUUCUGGCGCCAAUUUGUAUCAAGUGACGAUACACGUUGACGAUGAAAAUGACAACCCUCCAGUGUUUGAGCUGCCUUUAUAUGAGGGGACCAUAACUGAAAAUGCAUCGAAAGGAACUGAAGUUAAAAUGAAUAAUAAAAUUAGAGCGAAAGAUGCGGAUACGGGGACUAAUGCUGUAUUUACAUACACUCUGUUUGGUGAUGGUCAUGAAUUAUUUAAUGUUGACGAAGAAACGGGAGUUGUCACGUUUAUUGGAAACAAACUUGAUAGGGAAGAAAAAAACGCUUAUCUAUUGAAAAUUGUAGCCAGAGAUAGAGGAAGUUUAAAUUCAGAAGCAAAAUUAACAAUAUUCGUGGCAGACGUUAAUGACAAUGCACCUAAAUUUGACCAAGUAAUAAUUCCUCUCGGUGAAAAUAUAGAAUUAUUAGAAAAUUCCGGAGUAAGUUCUGUGAAUGUAUACAAGGAAAAGGGAAAUGCAACCGGUGUAAUAUUUAAUGUUGAAGCUAAACCUAAGAAUAAAUUUGCUGUAACGGUGGAUUCUCCAUUAUUUUUAGUGCCUGAAAAUAUUGCAGUUGGAACAACUAUACUAAAAUUACAUGCAAUAGAUAUGGAUAGUGGGGCAAAUGGUCAAAUUCACUAUGAAUUUAUUUCUGAGGUAUUUUUGCCGCCUUAUUCACUCCCUGCAACUGCUUUACAAAUGAAGAGGUAUUUUGUAAUUAAUGAAAGAUAUGGUAAUAUUGUUGCUGCUAGAGCAUUACCACCGGAAUCCGAAUUUCGGCUAAAUAUAUCAGCAUUAGAUGGCGGCCAACUAAGUGAUCACAUUACUAUAAGACUGUUUAUUAAAGACGUUAAUGAUCAUUUCCCAAUGUUUAAAAAGGCUUGGUAUAGCUUUAAUGUAGAAGAAGCACAAUACAGUAGACGAGUUCUAGGAAAAGUGGAUGCAACUGACGCUGACUUUGGCCAAAAUGCUAAUAUAACAUACUUUAUUGAUCCACCCAAUGAUGACUUACCAUUUGAAAUAUCACCCUUGAGUGGGGUAUUUAGUGUUAAUGGUGAACUUGAUAGAGAGAAAGAAGAUAAGUAUGUUCUAACAGUAGUGGCCAUGGAUAAUGGUCAAGAAAAGAAAUUAUCAUCGUCUGUAAGUGUUGAAGUGCAAGUAUUAGACGUUAACGAUAACGCGCCGAAAUUCUUUGAUUAUAAUGAACUAUUGGAGUGGAAACAUUCGGAAGCAGAUGAAAAAAUAAACCACAAUUAUGAGUCUGUAAAAAUGAUACCCGUUUAUAGAGCAACACUUGAAGAAAAUGCUCCAAUUGGUACUGUUGUGGCUAGGGUUUACGCAAACGAUUCAGAUUUUAUUGGAAACGGCAACGGUUUAAUUCUAUACAGCAUACCGCAAAAGAAAAAUCAGCUUAAUAUAUUUUCUAUCGAUUCGAAAGAAGGUGUUAUUACAACGACAGGGAGGUUAGAUUAUGAAACGCAAUCAGUACACAAUAUAACUGUAAUUGCAUCGGAUCUUGGAUCUCCGAGUUUAAGUUCCACCGCCUUUGUUAUAUUAACUGUAACAGAUGUACCAGAUGAAGUUGAAGUAUCGGACAAACCGGUAUUUAUAUCAAGAUACUAUGAAUUAGAAAUUGAAGAAAAUGUCCAAACGCCUGUUGAACUUGUCACCCUCAAUUUAACAGAAUAUUAUGAAAAUUUCAAAAUGAGAUAUUACAUUUACAACGAAAAUGAGACGGAUAUAAAGAGAACAUUUGUGAUUGAUCCACGGAACGGAACGUUAUAUUUAAUAAAAAGUCCAGAUAGGGAAACCCGGGAUAUUUACGAGGUUAUUGUUAGGGCUGAGAGGCAAAAGAUUAGUCGAGAAUUACCUCACAUGAUAUAUCCCGUAGCAGAUGAUGUUUUAGAGGGAAUGACGAAGUUUGAUGUUAAAGUUGUAGUUAGAAUAAAAGACGUGAAUGACAACGCUCCGAGGUUUAUCUAUGGAGGUCGACCGAUGGUUACAGCCAUUCCAACAACCGCACCGUUUGGAUAUGAAGUUAUACAGUUACAGGCGAUAGACGCAGAUGCAGGCAUCAACGCAGACAUCCGUUACCAAGUGAUCAACUCAGAAGGGCGGUUUAGUGUGGACGCGGUCAGCGGGCGGGUGCGGGUGGCGGGGUCGUUCGUGCGGGACGCGGGGCGGGUGCUCGGGUUUGAUGUUAAGGCCACCGACAGGCGGGGGGCGGACGAUGGGAGAUCCGCGAUAGCUAAUGUUUUUGUAUACGUGCUAGAUGAAAACAAACAGCUUGUAAUAGUUGUAGCUGCAAAACCCAUGGAAGUGGAAAAAGAGCUGUACAAUAUAACGAGGUAUCUCUCCAACAUCACCGGCUUUGAUAUCCGCGUGCGGAGACUGGAAACAAGCGCCAAGACUGCAAUGGAUGGUUAUGCAACCGACAUGUACAUUUACGCCGUUGACCCGGUAUCUAAUGCUAUAAUUGAUAUGGAUGUGUUGCAAAAAUCUCUAAUGAAGAGAGAAGUAGCACUACGUCACAAUUUGGCCGGUUUCAAAGUGCUUGAAGUUGGUGACACCACAAUGGUUCAAGCUAGAAGUGCCCAAAUGUUCAGUACUGUGGAAAUUAGUGUGGUUGCACUAGGAUGUCUAGUGUUUAUCGGUGCCUUCACUACCGCUAUAUGUAUACUUUGCGUCAGGAAGACGAAAAGAAACCGCCAUCAACCAUAUUCCCAACAUCGUCAUAACGCUUUCUCUACUGAGCAUCUCAGUAAGUUCGGAGGUCUCUUUCCAUCUGGAAACAAUCAGUGCCAAGAACUAAACCAAUCCUAUAGCGAAGCUGAUUCUUACAUCGAUGUAAUAAACCAAAAUCCCACAAAGAAGAUUUGUCCCCACGGUAACACUAUCGAGGAGUUUGGGAAAGCGCACCAAAAAUGUAUUAAAGGUCAAUUCGAUAAUAUAAACGGAUCGGAAAUAUUCAAUCACAAACACGAGAGGAUGUGUAUUAAGUUUAAUCAGAGACCGUCGAAGAGGAAAGGACAGGACACGUCGAUAACGUCAGUGAAUUCCAGCGGACAGGACUCCGGCAUCGCUGAGGGCAAGUGUGCCUGCGGGCAGUCCUCUGUGCACACUUCGGAAGAGAGCAGCGGAUGCAGUUACGAAGAUUCCCUGAAAUCCAAUCACAACCACGACCGCAAGGCCUACCGAGAUUCCGAGCCGCGGUUUAACCGACGGGCUUCCUUCGGCCACCAGCCGCUGGACAUCCGCCGGUACAACCAUCGAAGACAAUCCUUCUCAGAAAACCUUCGACACUUCCCGUCCUUCGAGAGAAUCGGGCCACGAAUAACGCGACAAGCUUCAACGCCAAACGUGAACGUCACGCCAUCGUACUUCCUGAACGGCAAGAAGAAUUACAGAAGGAAAGAAGUCAUGAACGAGCCCAUGAUAGACUACGAUCAUAGCGAGAACGAAGACCAGUUCGACACGAGGUUGAGGAAACUGAGCACUAACCGAAGGGUUGGCAGCUUCGUGGAUGUGAGCGGUCAGCCCGCCAUGUUUGUGGCCACACCGGCUGCUGCGGAGAUCAUGCGGAGACAGCCCAGUGAGAGACUUGUGUUCGCGAGACCGUUAUGAGUUAUUUGUUAUUAAGCUAUUGCAUAGCUUCUAUCGCGGGCCUUGAGCGCGGGGACCGAAUCCAGAAAUUCCGUAACGAAAAAACCUCACGCUCCCCACUCC